AUGGGUAUCCAAAGGAAAUCUAAAAGAAGUUUGCUGGACUUAAUAGAGUCCCAGCCCGGAAAGGAUGCACUUGGGAAACCAACUCAGCCCAAACUUCCUCCUCCUUUUCCUCAGCCAUAUUUGCCAUCCAGACUUGAACCUAUUGACCUGAAGAGAAAGAGAGAGCAGAAGGGCAAGGAGGUAUUGGAGGCUGGGAGAUCUCGCCCUAUGCCUGAAGAAGAGACCCAACGGGCUGCAAAGCAGCAAAAGACUGGACAAGCAGGGCAGAGAGGCUUAAAGAGGAGAGACAAUCAGCCACCUAAGCCUCAAGCUUGGCUUCCAGCUCCAAUGCUCAAUGGUGAACCCUUGAGGGAUAAUGCAUCCAUCAGGGAUUUCCAUGGAGGCAAUGGAUGCCAUGUGGCCUCAGCUUUGGAAGAGGCUUUACUACUCCCCACUGAUAUGGCCGAGCUGCGGUCUAUCAGAAAGCAUGAGGUUUUCCUUAACCUCAAAAGAUAUCUGGGCAUGCUAGAAGACGAGAGGACUAGGCGCGUGGCAGUUGUGGAGUCGUUUAACAUUGUCGAUCAGUCCAACAAGGAUCUAAGGAACAAACUGAAAGAGGAGGAACAGUUGGCUUCUUCUAAAGAGCAAAUAGUGGCUCUUCGGAAGAAGUUAGAGGAAGUCCAAAAGCAGAAGGAUCAAGCUGAGAGGUCUAAAGAUGAGGCUGAGAAAGCUAAAAGGGAGGUUAAGAAGGCUCAGGAUGAGGCUGAGCAGCACGGUUACGACGUCGGAGUAGCCGAGACCGAGGAAACCCUUAGGGCCGCUUCUUCUGAACUGAGAAAACCAGAAAAUAUCUACUACCCACCAGCCAUACGAGCCUCAGACCUUCCUCCCACUCAAGGUGAAGUAGCCUCUGCAUUUGCUAACCUUAUUGAAGAGACACAGCCUCAGGAUCCUCCUCCUCCUAGUCAGCAGGAGCAAGCAAAAGAAUCUGAAGCUCCCAAGGAAAUCUCCUCUGAUGUGGAUAGGCCUUUGGACAAGACUACAGAGGUUCCACAAGAUGGGGCAGCUUCCCAAAGUUUUGAACUAGUCUUAGCUUUAGUCACCAUGCCUGCCAAGGAAGCUUCUAAGGAGAAAGAAGAGGUGACUCCUACUGAGGCAGCUAAUCAAGCUGACAAGACCUCCACGGAUAGGCUUCAGAUAAAGUUGAAACCAUGA